AAAGAGAACACAAUUCGGGAACGGACAGGGCGGAAGGUACACGCCAAAUACCCCGAAGUCCUACAACGAGGACGAUGACUACCAGUGGAAGAAUGUGUUGUAUUCAAACAGAAGCCACUAUCAUCAUCACGAGAAAUAUCGCAAAGAUGGCGGUGGAGAAGUGAACAGGGCGGUAGUGGGCGCAGGAUUUGCUGAUGCAGACAUCCGCGAUAAGCUGGGGGCCACGUGGACAGGGCCCGGCCUCCGUUGGCCCUACAGCAACUCAGCCAUCAUCAAUUGCUCGUCUCUGCAGGAAGUGACGGAUCUGGAGUUCGUAGCUUCCGGAUGGACCAAGGCAGUGUAUAAGGGAAGGUUCCAGGGCAGAGACGUCGCCAUCAAAACUGUGAACCUCAACGGACACGACAUCCAAGAGUGUCAGGAGAAGCAGAAAGCUUCUGGCCCAGGGGCGUCACUUCCGGUCUGCUACAGAAGGGCGGCUGCCAAGAUCCUCAAGGAGCUAAUACUGCUGACGGAACUAGCUCACGACAACAUUGUUCAGGUGUUGGGGUCCUGCGUUCCUGAUGCAGUGGGUCCGGUUGCCAUGGUAACAGAACUAGGAGAUCCCCUCGACACUGUGCGUCUGCUGCAGCUCUCGUGGGAAGACAGACUGAGGCUCGCACUAGGAAUUUCCCAGAUUCUGCAUCACCUGGCUCACUCCCCGCUCGGAUCGCUGUCCAUGAACGACUUCCGUCGCCAACAGUUCGUGCUUGUUGGAGGGACUUUAAAAUUAUCAGACGUCGAUGACUUGGGAGUCGGUGAACCAGCUUGUGAAACGGAUGCAGACUGUGUUAUCGGCGGUGAUAGCACACCAGAAAAGGAUGAAAACAAUAUAAAUGAUGCAAAUACCACAGAGGGGUUGUCGUGCGUCGACUCGUGGUGCGUCGGCCACAAUGAGCGCCUCAACAUCUGGCAUGCGGGGCAGCACUUCAUCAGACUCUUUCUUCCCCUGAGUGCGCCGGCGUCUCUCGAGCCCCACAUACAGGAACUGCUUGCGGCGUAUGCUCGUCCUGCUGCGGGCGGUUGGAACUCCGCUCGCAUCCUGGGGGCGACCCAGCGACUAGUGGCUCGCUUUGUGUCUGGCGACUACAUGGUUGAACCCAGCACUAAGCACAGCAGCACCAGCGGAUACGAGCGGAUGACGGACAGCGAUCUGCCUGGGCUGCACGACUAUCGAUGCCCUCUGUCUAUUUCUGCCGUGGGGUGCGUCAUGUCCGUCUUCAACGAGGAGGAGGCCGCCGACAUCUGUACCGACGACGACGACUGUCGCGCCGUGGUGCUAGGACAGGAGCAUACGUGGACAGGACGCACGCUGGCCGUCUUCAAAAAUGGUUACAGCGCUCCGUCUGUAAAGAAAGGCUACAGCUUACUGCUGAAAAGGAAACUAAAACAAACUCAGUGAUCGUACUUAAAGACUGACGAGGCUUAUCUGACCAGAAAACAGACGGUGAAAUGCUGGUAGAAGCAGUGUUGCCAAAAUUGGUUUUCUGAAAAGAUGCAACUAAAACACAAAAUAUUCUGAAAGAGAAAUGAAUGCAUGGGAAUCAGACAGAAGCAAGAUCCUAGUUAUUUAUGGUUAUAAAAUGUUACAUUUAAGUGGAAGUAGGAUAGUUAUGAGUGCACUCUUCACACAUUUAUUACUUUUCCGUAGGAAACUUGAUCCUCUGUUCUGGGUUUAAAAUUCCUUUUUAUUUGCCGUCACAAAGAACAUCAAACAGCCACGAAACCCACUGGCAUAUAUUUUUAUUUCCCCAUGAGGAUGGGUACGUUUACGAGGAUCGGUAAAUGUCGGUUUCUUCAUUCCGUAAAGAGCACAAAGGUCGUGCAUGAUCAGCCACAUCGAGCCUCGUUUCAUUUAUCCGUUCUUAAGGGACAAACCUCCUCGGUGUUUCUGUGUUUCAAGGAAAAAUCUUGAAUUUGGUGUAUGAUGUCCGCGUACUUGUCACACAGUUAAUUUAGUUCACGUGGGAACACGCUAUAAGGCUAAUUAUAUUCGGAGUGCUUGCCAGUCUUGCACUGCAUGAAAACACAGGGGAACGGAUGAAGUGUCCCAUAUUUAUAUGAUGUACGAUAUAAUUACACUACACAGACCCUUCAGCCAGAAUAAUUUAGUGUACUUAAAUUUGCGACCUUCACACGACACAAGUUCUUUACUGAGGUCAUACGCUACGCAAAUUCCGACGCGCUGGUCCUUCAAUGUCCCCGGCUGCUGGCAACUGAGCCAUCUGCUGCCUAGCCCUUUCAGCAAUGAAUUAACUUUUUAUGAAGAUUUUCACUGUUUAUUAUUUUAGGUAGAAAAUAAAUUACAUAAAAAUAGAAACAGAUGGUUUCAAAUUAAAAUCACUGCAGCAGUAGUAGUACAGAUAUGAAAUACAUACCUCCAUUUUAAGAAAGAAAAGUAAAUCCGUUUCUCACGUCAAUUUACGUGAAAUGUUUCCACAUACGACCAACCAGGAACGGAUGCGAGAAUAUUAAAAUGGACCUCGAGCAUUUUCUUCCUGUUCCCUGAAAGGUCCUGCCGCACGUUACAGAUUAAGAUUUUCUGAGAAGGCUGAAAAACAGACCAAAAGCUUGUACCACGACAUAUGACGAGAUUGUAUCCGCGUAGCUGAACCAAAUUGAUCAUUUUGCUUAAACUUUAAUCUACGAAGGUCAACUUUUGUAAUAACCCACAAAUGACGGUUAGGCUGCGUAAUAAGGCAUCAACAACAGAUAUUUAGGAUCAGUGACUGAUAACAUGAAGAAAUGCCUUCAAUAUGAUCUCAAUUACUUGUAGGAGGACACUUCAGUCAAAUUUCUACUCAUAAUAAAAUGAAGUGUCAGCUGACUUAAUUUUUUUAUAGGUUUUAAUGCGAAUAAUAAUACUAGUCAUUCAAUUGUGAAGAAAUGUGCAGAUUUGUUUAAAAAUAUUCUGUGAUAUGAAAAUAUGUAUUAUAUGUACUGAUUAACGAAAGUUCUCGUUUUGUGUAUUCUACGUCAUAGAACUCUACGUGUCGUUUCAAUUGUGAAUGUGCUCACACACACACAAGAAUUGUAAUAUUUCAGCACCUCCAAUGUACUCUUUGUAUUUUAUAAUUCUAUGACUUCACAAUAUUCUUUCAUUAUAUAGGAUUUGACUUUUUCACGGCGGUGAGUCCGAAGAUGGCUGUCUUCUGGUUUGUUGCGCCGUGUAGUCUGGUAGAAGUUUACAGACGUUCCAUUGGUCCUUGCUGCCUCCAUCUUAACCCUAAUGAUGGAGGCAGUGAGGGCCACUGAAAUGUCGGUAAACGUCUACCAGAAGACGGCCAUCUUCAUUCUUUAAUUAUCACGACUGUAAAGAUGAAUGCAAUUAAAUCAGUGGUUUAUUACAAUGUA